UAUCCCCCUGACAACAGCAUGAAUAGACUCAACACUCUGCCUCGAGGAUUUGGAUCGCUCCCAGCUCUGGAGGUCCUUGAUUUGACUUAUAACAACUUGAAUGAAAAUUCUCUUCCCGGAAACUUCUUCUACCUGACCACCCUGCGUGCACUCUAUCUAAGUGACAACGAUUUUGAAAUCCUGCGGCCUGAUAUUGGGAAACUCACGAAGUUGCAGAUACUCAGCCUCAGGGAUAAUGACCUGAUCUCGCUGCCUAAGGAAAUCGGGGAGCUUACUCAGCUUAAGGAGCUCCACAUUCAGGGGAACCGUCUGACUGUUCUGCCCCCAGAACUAGGAAACUUGGAUUUAACUGGUCAGAAGCAGAUAUUCAAAGCAGAGAACAAUCCCUGGGUUACCCCCAUUGCUGACCAAUUCCAGCUUGGUGUGUCCCAUGUUUUUGAAUACAUCCGCUCUGAGACGUACAAAUACCUCUACGGCAGACACAUGCAGGCAAACCCAGAGCCGCCGAAGAAAAAUAAUGACAAAUCGAAAAAGAUCAGCCGGAAACCCCUGACAGCCAAGAACAAAUAAGGGGUUGGCAUAUGGGCUGGACUGCUGGUUGCUUCGCUCAUUAUUACUUGUUAUCUCUUUUUCUGUCUCCCAAAUGAAUACUGUGUGUGUGUGUUUGUUUUGUUUUUUCCUCUUUCUAGUGCUUACCACCUUACCUUUUAAAUUGUGUUGGUGGCUGGUCGAGUUUUUUUAAGUUCUUCAAACCAUUGCCAUUUGUUUCCUUGAAAUUGCCAAAGGCAGGAAACGAAGGCUUAAUUCAGCUGCAAAUUCCAUAUGAGGCACAGCUUUCAGCUCCUUGAAUAGAUGUUCACAGAGUUGCUUAUUAUGAAAAGAAUAAAUACAAUCAUGUAAUCGUUUAAAUGCCACAGUUAACGCUGUUCACCCUUCUGUUUAUUCACAUAACUCAUUAUUUUUGCUUUAUUAACAGUUUUCCUUCACCACUGAGAUUUUAUGUCAACUUACAAAUGAUUUUAAUAAAAUCGCGACUUUGUGUCACAUGUUGUUGCUUCUUGAAUAAAAAAAUAUCUGAUCUUGGGUAAUACCCAUUUUUGUUUACUUUUUGCCCCCAAAUGAUCUUGUCCACGUUUAUUGAUUGUCGAUGCUAAACUCUGAAACUUUCCAUGAAAGAAAUGCAGCAUUAAAUCAGAGUUAGUUUCUUCUCACAUCGAUUUGUCAGUUUUUUUUUUUUUUUUUUUCCCUUUGAGGACCGUUUCUAAAUUAGGAAGGAGCAGAAAAACAAAUCUCUAGGAGAUUUUGCCAAAGGAUUUUGGAAAGCAGCAUUGCUUAGCUGAAGGAAUGGUGACUUCUGCCAGUGGCUGGUCGACAAGAGCUGUGAAACAGAGAGAGAAAAAUACUCAAGUGUGUUUCUUGUCACUGCAGAAAAUCUGCUCAUAUCAGAGCAUCCUUCUAAGUGACUGUGAUGAUGCCAAAGAAGUUGUGUAAAUGCGCACACUCUCUACCGACCCCAGUGUAGAAACUGCAGCGGCAGAAUCAUUAAACAAGUAAUUGUUUACCUCUGUGAUAGGCAGCUUUGCUCUUAUCUACAGUAAUGUGUAUGUCAGUGGAAACACGUCCAAGCAGAACGUUUGUGCUGAAAGGACUGCCAACCCUGGAAUGUCUUGAAAGGUGUGUCAAGAUGUUAACAUUCUCUCAGAUGGAUUGUCUGUAUCUACCCCUGCAUCUUCUUUUCUCCAUCUCACAGCUGAAACCCUGAGACCAAGACCACUGGAACACAGAAAAAACCAGAAUCAAAACACAACCAAAAAUCCUGAGUUACUUUAGGAAAUGGAUGCAUUCGAAUCACAGAGGUCACUACCGAAGGUCUAUACUUCUUGUUUCUGGAUAACUUCCUGAUAUAACAUUCACCAUGGGAAGAAGAAUUCCCAGGUGCCAUCACCUGUUUGGGGAUUUAGUCGAUGUGAUUUUUCUAGGUGCAAUCUUUGCCUCAGCUUGAAUUUUCUUAAAAUUUUUUUAGCUUGUGACAGUACAGGAGGAAGAACAAUACCUCUACUAUUGGUGAUUGGGAAGACUUCAUCUAAAAUUAAACCAGCAACAAAGCCUUAGUAAAACUACCACAGUAUAGUCUUUUGAAUAAUUUUUUUUGAAAGAUGAACACUCUAGAUAGAAAUACGGGCAAUACACGAAAAUUCACCGGGAGGAAAUAUCUCCAAGAACCAUGAAAAAAGGAAAAAGGUCCAGCCUUACUAGUAGUCAAAAAGAUAUAAAUCAAAGCAAAAAUAAGACAGCUGUAGCAAUGAGAAAUGUGCAUAUAUUUUUUUCAGGUAGUGUUAAGUGCUAGAGGGAGUAAUAGGAGAUAAACAUUCUUAUACACUGCUAUUGGGAAUAUAAAUUUCUCUCCAGAAAGGGGGUAGGAAUUUAAUGAUAACUAGCAAAACUUUAAGAUUGGAAAGGAGGGUUAACUGUGUAUCCACCUGAUAAACUUUUAUGAAGACAUUAAAAAUUAUUGAACAGUAUCUAGGGGCAACGGGAGGUAAUCAUAUUAUCCAGUUAAGUAAUAAAAAGUCACACUUAAAAAACCAUAUGAGCGGUCCCAAUAGUGGAAAAAGGAAAUUGUGUUUA